GCCUGUAAUUUACGCGUUUGACUGUCGCGUCCUCCUUUUCCCAGCCGCAAUCAUUCACGACAUUUGAGCCAUCCUUUAAAUCAUAACGUCAAAAUCAUGGUUUCUGCUUUUCGUGCGGAUGCCCUCCGUGAUCCAACGGAAGAACUCAAGGAACUUUACACGACCGCAACAUCACGCGACGAUUUCCCUGCAGUAGUUGCAGCGCACUUUUGUCGCGUUUUCCAUUCGUCAGAUGCAUUCAAAGAGAUACCUCCGCUCAACGUACGACAUCCACCAGAGUCUUACCCAGAUCGCUCCCUGGUUCGAUUCCGUGCUAUGGUUCAAGAUACAUCUUCGUCCGCCGAAAUGUACCUCGAGAAAUACCAGAACGGAACAAUCGGAGGUUGGGGUAUAGAACCACAAUCUCAAGAAGAUGACGCGCGCCACGACUCAGUAGAAUAUGACAAUCUCCGAGAAUGCACUGUCCUCUGGGCUAUCAGCGUGCCAGGCGAAUCAGCUUGGAGUUCAAAUGAAUUGGAUGGAUCAGAAGCUGGGCCCUCGACCUCCACAAUUCCUCAUCAACCUACAUGCCUGCACAAGGGCCCUCUACCGAAUACACCACACAUAGGCGUCAAAGUGAAAAUCUACGAUGGUCGCGCUGCAGAAAGCUUCAAAUCCACUGAUGUAGUUACUUUUGUGGGUAUAUUGUCUUCUGAACCGCGGAACACCGAGUUCAGCGAUCAGAUUGAAGUACCUACCCUGCAUGUUCUAUUCAUUUCACCGGACGACUACUCAUCCGUUACAAGAUCAUAUCCAUCUUCCAACACGUCUGAUGAACCUUCUACAACUACUUCCCCAGACGUUAUGCAAGUUCGGGACCAGCUCUUGAACUGGAUAGCCCAAGAGGCCUUAGGUGGAGAUCGUGAUGCAGCGGAGUGGAUACUGCUCAUGAGCAUUGCACGAGUACAAUCUCGGAACCCUUCUCUGCUUCAGCCAUCCCUCACACUGUCUCACUUCCCCUCACCAGCUGUCCCUGCAAUUGCCUCUCCGUCUGAGGCGUCCAACCAAUCUCUGCCACCAGUCUAUCAUCCUGCCUUAUUUCAUGUUCUUUGCGAGAUCCUACCACUUACGGAGACCCUGCCCCUGUCUCUACCGUACCUCAACACUGUACCUUUCGUACCGGAGAGUAAAGACGAGGACCUAUAUGCAGGUGCACUGCAACUACCUAAAGGCAGCGUACUCUUGGUCACCGAGGGCGGAGUGAGUGAAGGCAAGCUUCAAGAACGAGGACUCAUGAAUGUACAUGCCCUGCAAGAAGUGCUGUCCUCACAGUCCCUGGCAUAUAGUUUCCCGUUCAGCCAAUUUUCUUUCCCUACGGACAUCAGUUGUAUUGUCCUUAGUGAGGGACGCAAGAGUGCCUUCUUCAAGACUGAUCUCGUUAUUCCUUUCAAGCCUGAGUCGUUGACCGCAAUGGACAUUACGAACUUGUACAAAUCGGCUGAAGAUAUGAAGUUGCCCUCGACGGAUCGUCUGGAUGCGUUCCGAGAUCUCGUAGUGGCAGCACAACGUGGCAAAGUGCAUGUCAGCGAAGCCACUUCUGAGUAUAUUCAGCAAGACUUCGUCAUUGAAAGGCAACAAAAUAAAGCCGUGACAUCUGAGGAUCUUAUUCGCAGAAUGACGGUAGCAAAAUUGUACACGCUUUCGAUGCAUCGGCCUGAACUCACUAUCGAUAUCUGGGAACAGGCAAAAGCAUUUGAUGAACGGCGGCUUGCAAGACUCACCUAAUUCGCCCACUUCCUUCCAUGUAUCGAAUAGAUCUACCUUCAAGUUGUGUAUCAUUACAAUUCCAUAUUGCUUUACGGCGUUCCGAGACCAUACUUGCUCGCCUCCAUCCAUUCUUCAGCGAGCUCAGCAACCACUCUGGGUAAUAGCGCUCCUACGGAGGCUGCGUCUUUGCCACUCCCCUCCAGAUAAUACUUGAUCUGCAGGUCGUUUGGUCAGAAUACUUGUCACGAAAUGAAUCCAACGGAAUUACCUUGGGUUCGGUUCCACUAGUCCUGAUCGUCAAAGAUAUCUUGGUGCCAUCAUUUGGGUUCUCCGCUCUAAAUUGUACCAUAUGUCCAGAAGACAAUGGCAAUGUGGGCUUAUACGU